AAUCGAGCACAUUAACAAAACUCGUUUAGGUAUUUCAUCCAAACAAACAAGAAACAUCAUUUGAAAAUUAGUAAGAGGCCAACGAUCGAGAAAGAACAUACGGGUUUGUAGAUGCUGCUUUUUCUAACAGCUAGGCCACCCAAGUGGGUAGCUCUCUUCUUGGUCCUUGGACACAAGAUCAUGGGUGGGUCGACCACUCACGACCAAGCAAGCUAGCUAAUAUUAUGUAUAUUAUAAUUAAAUAAGGGACCUUACAGAGGUUUAUAAGUAAGUUGGACUAUUCUCUAUAUUUUAUGGUGGAACCGCCUUUUUUUUCAUGAUAUCAGAGCAGGUUGUCCUACGUAUGGAGCCCCAACGGCCACGCGUGCUCCACCUCACUCCGUUGUGUUGUCCACGUGUUAAGCUUGAAAAUUUGCCACGCUAGGGGACGUGUUGAGAAUGAAUCUCAUAUUGAUGAGAAAAUAGACCUUGCAUGGGCUUAUUUAUUACUAGCUAGAAUACAAGAGAUUUCCACUGCAGUCUGCAGUACUACUGCAAACCAGGAAAUUAACAAGUUCAGUACUACAUAAUAAUAUGUAUGUAUAUAUAUACCUGAAUAUACAUAUAAUACGCAAACUAUAACUUUCCUAAAAAAUCCAAGCCCUCUGAGCCCUUUCGUUUGUCUCUUAAUUUGUGUAUUGCGAGUUUGCAACGGAAAAAAUGGAAGCAGAAUAUGAGUACAAGAAAGGGUUAUGGACAAAGGAGGAAGAUGAGAUUCUGCUAGACUACAUAAGGGUACAUAGAAUUGGCCGCUGGAACCGCAUUCCUAAGGUUACCGGCCUGAAGAGGAAUGGAAAGAGCUGCAGAUUGAGGUGGCUCAACUAUCUCAGCCCAGAUGUGAAACGCGGCUAUUUUUCUGAGCAGGAAGAAGACCUCAUUAUCAGACUUCAUAAUCUCCUUGGAAACAGGUGGUCUUUGAUUGCGGGGCGUUUACCAGGAAGAACUGACAACCAAAUCAAGAACUACUGGAAUGCUCAUUUGAGCAAAAAGCUUGGCGACAUAAAGAAGCAGCAUACACCUGGAAAACUUCUUGUUUCUACGUCUAAAGCUCACUCUUCUGCUACUCAAGAACUGGCAGGAGACAAACUAGUACACCAACACAAACUGCUCAAAGCGCGGGACUCCGACUCAACUUCCGGUAUGAAAAGUAAUAAUCAAACCGCAAAUUUGGAUUCUAAUGAAGAAGAAGAGAUAGAAUGGAUGGCCAAGGAUUGUACCGAGUUGCUUUCUUGUUCUAAUUAUGAUAAUUUGAUUAGCUGGGGCAUGGUCGAUAUUCUGCAAGUAUACCCUCUUGACUAUUGUAAUUAUAAUUAAUCAGAAUUCGAACUGGUUCUGGUUGAUUACAAGUUUGAGUUGACAAAUGAUUUGUUAUGAUCAAUAAUCUU